AUGCCGAAUCGCUCCCAAGAACACCCAACUCAAGCAUCCAGUCCCUCAACUCAGGAAAUGGAAGCACAUCCGCCGGCCCCUCACCCUUCGGUGAAUGCCCAUGGAACCUCUCACUCGGCACUGGAGCUUCCCACAGGCUGCAGUGAAUGGGGCCUCGCCACCUACACUCAUAACCGUGGCCAUGACCCUGAGACGCGCUCCUUUUCCUUCAGGGACGAGCAAGUUCGUUCCAUCGGGUUUAACGCAGGUUAUCCACUGGAUCAUGAACAAGAUCGUCAAAGUAAUUGCACUUCUUUCGAUGGUUGCGACAAUAUCCAGUCUCCCGACCAUGUCAGGCACUGUUACACAAAUACAAGCAUGGAUAACUCUGCUCAGGUCUUCAAUGGCGACAUCGCCCGCGCUUAUGAUGCGUCUUCUACCAGAGAGCAUCAUUUACACGGUGGGUCUGUCAAAAAUAAGAGUAGGCUUGUCAAUGGAGAUCUUGAUAGAGAUACCUUCCUAGCUAUUUUCUGCAAUCCUAAUGAUGAGGCUCGCCUUGAAGGAGGUCGGCGAGGGGGAGGGCGGCGGGAGGGAGGGAGACGGGAGGGAGGGCGACGGGAGGAAGCUCGCCCUCGGCGGCGUGGGUCCCGCAUGGAAGGUUAG